AUGGCGAACCCCCUUUCCGUCGCCGGCUCGGCUGUUGCCGUUGUAUCUCUGGGCCUUAGAGUGACCGGGGGGAUCACGGAAUACAUCGACGCUCUUCAUUCCCGUGACCAGUAUAUUGCAUCUGUUAGACAGAAGAAUGAUACAUUACGAAAGACGCUCCAAGUUGUCGAGGCCUCGCUCUCUCGGCUUCAGUUGCAGGGAGACCAUCAAGCGGCUGCGCAGGUAGUGCGAGAAUGCCUGGAUACGUCGAUCAAGGAGCUGAAGGCUUUGGAGGAUCUCAUCACGGAACUUACCAUCGGUGAUCCAUCGCUGCCUCGCCGGCAAAGCAAACUCAAGACUCAGGGCAAAAAACUGAUGUAUCCGUUCAGUCGUCCAAAACUCGAACAACUCGGAACGAGACUAGGGCACAUAAACGCGGCACUUCAACUGGCGUUGCAGACUCUAGGUCUUUCCAUAUCACAGUUGAGCACUGAGAAAUUAGUUACGCUUGAGGCAGCCUCUCAUGCCAUGUCUACCGAUCUCUUAAUGGUCCAGUCCGAAGUCUCGGCCAUCGGUGACCCCCUCAAAGACAUGCACAAGACCAUAUCUGGAUUUGAGACGCGUUUUGAAAGCCUUGAGGAUUUAUGUAAACGCCUGCUUGAAAGCCCGGCGAUACCCCGAUCCACGCCAGAGGCCACUCCGAACAUGAUCGCUACCCGGCUUCUUAGCAAACCAGCAAUCUUGAGAGACAUGUGUGACGCUUCUGGAGCUCGGGAUCUCUACAAGUCAAAUCAGACCCCAUCCACAAUGAAUCAUGGCCCAGCACAAACCAGCAGAAUGAUGUCAAGGUAUCCUAGCGGAAGAUUUUCAUGUCUAUGCCACCGCUUGCAGCACCUACAACGGAAAGACUCUGUCUGGGGCACUAUCAACGUGUCCAUUGAGACCAUCACAGAGAAGCAUUUGCCUGGGUGCCCAGCCGCUCAAAUAAUAUUGGACACGAACCAAAGCCGAAAGAUCAGCUUCACGUACACGGGACUGCGAAAUCUGCUCAACUCGGCUGUUCAGCUUUCGUUCAUGAUACCUUCGGGUGCAGGAGGUUGGAGUCUCAGCUCCAGCAUUAAUAUCUAUCCUAUUGUCGACUCAGAAACUGCUCCGGCCUUCAAAUUAUUGACCCUAGUAGAAACCGCUCAGCUGUAUAUGCCCGAAGAGGAGAAAAUGACAAAAAGUCUAUACCCAUCGGUGGUAUCCUCGAUACUGAGGCUAUUCCAAGCCAAGAAGGCAUCCCCUCGAGCAGUUGACAAUGAGAAUCGGUCUCUCGUCUAUUACGUGAUUAAAUGUAUUAGAAAUAUGAGCCCUAAUCAUUUACGACGAUUGCCGAGCCAGACAGAACCUAAUGUAUUUCUUGAACUUCUCCAAUAUCUUCUUGUCAACAAGGCCCCGGCAAAUGAUUAUGAUAGGGGAGGCAAUGCACCCAUCGCUUCCAUGUUUUCGUUUCACUAUUAUGCUGCUGUCACUGAUCCGGCAUACUCUGCUGUUACGGAACUUGUUCUUCGAAAUAACACCGAGGAUGAUGUAGUCUGCAUGUCAAAGCAGCCUCCUCCUCUAGCAUCACCGGCGAUAAUUCUUGAUCGGUUAGGGAGGGAAUACCACGCAGAGCCCUUCGUAUUAUUACUCCAUUUUCUGUCAAGUUCGACUAGGUUGGCUGAAGCCUAUGGCUGUGGCCCAUUGAGCGUAGCAAUUUUAUCCAACAGCAUGGAACAAGUUGAGCAUCUGGUGAAGAAUCAUCCAGCCACUCUCGCUGAGCGAAAUCUUUUCGGAUAUAAUCCACUCCAUCUCGCUGCGGACAAGCCGCAAUUCUUAAAACUUCUGGCAAAAGCCGCAGAUGCCUGUGUUCUCAACCAGACAGACAACGAGUCUAGGAUCUCUCCGGUAGAAGCCGCCCUUAUGCUCGGCGGGCUGAGGUGUCGAGAGCAAGGAAAUAACCACCGCAUGUGCCGGAGAUGCAGAUGUGCCGAGUGUGUCGUCAUUCUUCUGAAAGCCGAUUGCCCUGUUCCGGUGUCGCCACGAUUGAAUUACAUACUGAAAUCUGCUUCCAAAAGAUGUGUUCUGAAAUACAUACGACACAUGAAGGCACGGAGAGACAGACUCAAGCGUCUAGCUGUUGACAACCUUUCUACAGAGGAACUAGAGCAGCUAGACCUAUCUACUGAACGCGCCCUUGAUUCUCUUGCACCCCGAGUCAUACAACUCCUACAGAACCGGGGUGUCUCUAUCCCUGACGCCCUCGAGGUCGGUACAGAUAGCCCUUUGCCAGUGUACCGAAAAUUGGAAAAUUUCCAAUAUGCCGAACUCUUCUUCCGGGCUGGCUUUCACGACACAGACGCCUGGCUCGACGUUGACAAGGCGGCACUGAAGAGUAUUCCUAUACUAAUGGAUAGGUAUUCUAUACAAGGCCCGUCCUAUCUCCAUUGGCUGGGUGCACAUGGGGCUACAUCUUGCCAAUUCCAGUCCUUCGACUCACCUAAAAACAUCUUCACCGCUCUUUACAUAUUCCUUGGAAUAGGCCUGAAAAUCCAAUAUAUCUUCUCUUCGUCCUGGGAUUUCCCCGAGGACCCAUUGCCAUUAUCGCUCGAGGCUCGCAAAGACUGGUUUCACGCUAUCAAUUCCUCAGUGCUCUCGGCCGAGAUCCACGAUGAAUGUCGGUGCCUAUGCUCUCCUGCGGGCUGCACCCCUAUAACAUCUCUUUUAAAAAGGGCUGUUGAACCCAAAUCUUGGAAACAUGUGCAGAAAAUAUCGGGGGGCGUUGUGACGAACGUUGUGCAUAGGCCAUCCAUAUCAGGCAUGAUCAGUCCUUUUAUUCGGUACCUAGAAGAGUUUUGGGUCUACUUCGAGAUUAAGCACUACACCGAAGCUCUCCGGUAUCUGACCUUUGAGGUUCUGGGGAUCCCACAUUGUUGCUGUCAGGCUCUGCCUCCGCUUUGCAAUUCGCCGGACGAAAUAGAAGACAAACACGGGUAUGAACUGGCGCUGCUAGAAGAGCUCUUGCUCGAGUUUAAUGGAAACAUCACCAAAAUCCUUCAAGAUCCGAGCCUAAGUUUUGAUCAUAUAGCCAAGUUCUGGACAGAUACCUGGCUAGAUCGAAUGACUGAAGUUCUGGAUAAGCUUGAAGGAGACAACUUAACAGUCGACGAGAAACGGGGAGCUGAGGAGAUCGGGGUAGUCUGGAAGCCAUUGGGACCUGAACCCCCUGAGCCCCCCAUUCCUGAAAUACUGGGAAACCCAUACGAUAGGAGCACCAUAGAUCACUGGAUGUAUGAGGUGUAUAAGAUUGAAGCAGCAUGUUGA